AGCAGGAACGGCGCUGGAAGCAGUGGGAGCGGGACAGCUCCGACGGGACGGGGGGCCCCGGCUGUGCCCCCCAGCAGCUGUCGGACUCAUCCCUCAUGCCGGGGAAGCUGAGGCGCAGCAGGCGGGAGGUGCUGGGGGAGAAGCAGUGGCGGAGCCUGGAGGAGAGGGGAAGUGCCCAGCUGGAGCAGCCCAAGCUCACCAGAUCCAGUACCUAUGAGUCCUCCUGCAAGGAGACAGAGCAGGCGGCCACGGGCAGGCAGGGACCCCCAUCCCCCUCGCUGAGCAAGCAGGACAGCAGCUACCGCCGGGCCUUCGGGGAGCUCGCCGAGCAGAACGUGCUGCUGGGCUGCUUCUCGUGCGCCUGGCAGAGAGAAAUGCCCUACCACGGCCGCCUCUACGUGUCCUCCCGCCACAUCUGCUUCCACUCCAACCUCCUGCUCAAGGACAUCAAGGCCGUGGUCCCUGUCGCCUCCAUCUCAGCCCUCAAAAAGACCAACACAGCGCUGCUGGUGCCCAACGCAAUCAGCAUCCGCACGGCCAAGGGGGAAAAGUUCCUCUUUGUGUCGCUGCGCCAGCGAGAGGCCACGUACCAGCUCCUGAGGUCGGUGUGCAAACACCUGCAGGACAGUGGCCAGAGCCCCCGAGACUCAGUGAGCUGUGAGAAAACCCUUGGGAAGUUUCAGAUCUCGAGCCAAUCAGCCCUGGAGCAGAGCACCCCGGAGCCCAACAGCCUCCAGGAAGCCCCGGAUGAGGCAAACCUGAGAUCAAGGCAAGCAGAGGAUGAGGAUGGCGAGGUGGCCCUGCUGGUUCCCCGCAGCAGCGAAGGGGUGCCCUCAGCAGAGACAUGUGGCCUCUGGGGGGGACUCCACGCCGUGCUCUGGGCCUGGGCCACUGCACUUUGGUCCCAGAUAAACCCCCAGCUGAGUUCUCUCAACAUCAUCAUCAUCAUCUACCUGCUACUCAUGGUGGCCUUGCUGCUGUCCUCGGGGUACAUCGGCCUGCGCAUCGCGGAGCUGGAGCAGCAGCUGUCCUUCGUGGGGGCUGGGCCAGACCUCAACCUGUCACAGCAGUACAAGAUAACAUGAGGCCACUGAGGACCAUGACCAGAGCUCCAGCUGGGGCUCAGGGGCUGCUCUGAGCCCUUCCUUGGCCUCUCGGGGGGGCUCUGUCACCAAGUCCCUUCCAGCUCCCCACGGGGCUGAGAGGCUCCAUCUCUCCCUGUCUGCCCACCCUGAGCAGCAGCAGAAGAGACCCAAGGAGCUCCCGGUGGGGCAGAGAGCAGGGAAGGGGGGCUGGAGUCAGCACCAACCCCCAGCCAGCCCCCCCUGCCAAAAGGGAGCAGGCAGAGGGGGCCAAGCCCCAGGCAAGGCAGGGGCACAGAGAACAGAAUAUUCUAUUAAUAAAGAUUAAUAAAAAUCUA